AUUUGAAUGCUGCGCUAAAAGAGGAUUCGAAGUUGAUUAUUUUUCUACAAAUAGGUAUCUGGAGUGGAGCAAUGCAGUGGAUUGCGAAAAAUUUUAUGUCUGUGAGAAAAAUGCCACGUUUUUAAAGGAAAAAUUACAACGAAGUGACUUCUAGCAGUACGUAAAGUCAAUUCGGAAUUUUGGAAAUCCUGGAAUCGUCGGCGGGAAAUUUCUUGAGAACGGUGAAGUUUUUCCAUUUUUUUGGUCAAAUUUGUUGAAUUUUCCCUAUUUUCUCUCAACUUUACGAUAAAAUUUACUUUUCGUAAUCGAUUGAGUUUAAUCAAUGAUGAAGUUGACGUUGAAAAACCUAUUUUAUAUUGGUGACAUGUAUUUUAUUUAAUCGAAACUGCUCUAUGAUUGAUGGACCAUUUUGUUUCAUCUGAGUUUUUUUAUCAGCGUUCAAUUGUAGGAAUUUUAUUCAUUUAUUCGGAUGUAUGAAAACACCAACCGGAUGCUGUGAAGAAUCAUUGUCAUCUACAGAUUUUUGACAGACCAGUGACUGAGAUGGAUUCCUCGUUGACUACCAAAAAUGACGAGAAAGAUUUCAAAUACGAUUCUUCAAUCGUGCAGAACACCCUUCACAAACAGCUUGUGGGAAUCAUCGAUAAAAUCGAGCCCCAGAAGAAACAUGCAUUUUUGGACAUUAUUUCAAAUUCGCUGAAUUUAAUUCUGAGUUGUUUUAAAUGUAAAUCUUUGUUGAAAGAUAACUCUUCAUCUUUCAACUGCGGACAUAAAUAUUGCGAGCAGUGUAGUAAAAAUCUUAAGAAAUGUACGAGUUGCAACGAAGGAAACAUUCGUACAGAUAUUAAGAACUUUUCCGGCAUAUUGAAUGCCAUAGAUGAAAUAAAGUCCAACUUCAAUUCGGAUAAAGUUCUGUAUGAAAUCAUGAGAUAUCUUCUCAUGCCGGAAAAAUUUACUCAUGCAGCUGAUGUCGUUGAAUUCGCCGAUGACUACGUCGAAUGCACACCAGCUGAUUCGUUGUUACACGACCAGGUUGACUUGAAGAAAUUUCGAAAAACUUCACUUCAAGAUAAAAAAUUGAAUGCAAAAUCGCCUGCAUCGAAAAAUUCCAGAAAGAAAUUGGAAUUUAAUAAAGAUUUGAACGGGAGUAAAAAUACCGCGAAUAAGAGCACCGCGGGAAAUGAGUCUGGAAAUUUAUUCUCAGAGACGACGAAAAAUAAGAAAAAAGUUGACGAAAAAAGGCAAAGUUACUUGGAACUGCAAUCGACUGUUUCUGAAUUGAAUAAUGGUUCUACGCCCAAGUCAAAUUCUAAACGUAAACGUAAAAGUAACGAAAGCUACUUAGAGUUACAACCGACCAUUUCAGAUAUGUUUAAAACACCUGUUUCAAAUACCAAACGUAAACGUAAAAUGAGCGAUACUGAACCCAACGAUCAAAAUAAUAGUAAAUCUAAACGUAUUAAAAUGAAAAUCAACUCAGAAGACUCGUUAAUUGAAGAAGAAAAAUCGGAACCCAAGAGUUUACGUAAAAAAGCUUUAAAGCAGUUGAUGAAAUCACCGCAGCGUUCAUCAGAUUCAUCCAAUCAAGGUACUUUUUCUGGAUUUAAUUACCUACAGCCGAUUGAAAGCUUUAAUAAAUUAGAACUCUUGUUAAACUGUUUUGACUCGGAGCGUCACGCGCACAAUUCGCGACGUUCUAAGAAAUCAGCUUUUAAUAUUGAUGUUUUAUCUGCGACAGGUGAAGAAAAACAACAAAAUGCUACCGAGACGAAAACAACCCCCGUAGUUAAUUCAAUUAAGAACAGCGUCGGCGAGACGAAAAAUUCUCUCGUACAGGAACCUGACAUGGAUGCCGAUGUAUUGGACUUGAAUGUUUGGAAACAUAAUGAUAGGUAUGAAAGAAAGAAGAGUUUAUUCAAGUCGGUCAAAGAAAGAAACAAGAGAAAUAAAAUUUCCGUUGGAGGAGGUUUGACAAAUCUCCUAGAGAAUCGAAAAAUAACUCCGAAAAAGCAAUCUCCUAUUAAAUCCGAUUUGAAUCGAAAUGAAAAUAUCGAAAUGAAGAAAACAAAAAAUAUCAAAUUGGAUACAGUGUCGACCAAUCCAACGGAAGAAAAAACUUCCAAACUUGGUAACGAAGAUACAGCUCCCGAAACUGCAGAUACAGAUGAUCGAGUACGAGAAGAACCAAAUCCUGUAGUUCUGAUUCAAAAAUUGACUCCGAAAAAAAGAUCACCCAAUAAUUCGAAUACUAAUCCAUAUGAAGAAACAGAGGUCAAAUCUGAUGAAGUUCUCCCUACUGAUGACAAAAAGAAAUAUCAAAAAUCUGAUUCCAUGAAUCCAAAGAAAAGUAAAACAUCUCGAACCAAAGUUCUAGAGGAACCAGUUCCCGAAGUCGAAAUUGCUAACAAUGUGGUAGGAAAAGAACCUUCUAAAGAGACCGAAAAAUCUGAAAAAAUUUUGGACGAAGAACACAGUUUAAUAGACCUGACGGAAGAGAAAACUUCUCAAAUCGGAGUUGCUGUUGAAAACGCAGUUUCAGAAAAAGAACUUUCGAAAGCAUCUCGAGACCGAGAAAUCCUCGCUGAAAUUACCGAUCAUCAACAAAACUGCAGGAAUAAUGAGAAUUCAGCCGAAAAACCAAGAACUCCAUUCUCUCCUGCGAAAUCCGAUGCAGUGAGCAAACAAUGUGGCAAACUUGGACUUCCCUUAUUCCCCGAAACUAACACGGAUAUAUUUUCUCAGAAAGGCAAUUUGUGCAGCAGUACUCCUUGCGUCUCAGCCAUGAAGAAAAUCACGAAAACGUAUUCUCGAGCUAAAAACAACCUGUUCAACAAAUCGUACCAUGACAUCAGUCCCAUUGCAGAAGAAAAAAUUCGUGACGACAAAUUAAUCUUUCUAGAUUUCAGCCCUAUUGCUGAAAAGGAAGAAUGCGACGAGUUAUUCAAAUCAGCUACCCCAGUUGAUAAAAUGGCUCAUUUGCCCAUUGACCCCGAAGAUCGCGAGAAAUUUCCAGCUUCUGACGAUUCGUCGGUAAUGGUAGCCAGAGAUACUCAAUUAAUCGUUGUAGCAGAAGUUCACGAUGUACCAGCCACACCAACGACCCUUUCUGCUGAAGAAAUGCCCAAACAAGUGCAAUCCAAAAAGCACCAGUCUUUUCAACCUGAGAUACCUGAAACUCUUCCGGUCAAAAAUUCUCGUCUAGAUGAAAUUAUACCCAUGGAAGUAGAUAAUGCGAUCGAAACAGUCGAAAAAGUUACCGAAAAUAUUCUAUCGAAGACGUUGGAAUCGAAUGUCCAUUUGGAAGAUGAAAUUCAAACUUUUGAUUCCGACGUCGAACGUGAAACAAAAGUAAACAAGGCGAAAAAAUUACAAGAAAGUAUUAACAACAAAACGCACAAAGCGUUGUCGAGUUUGAAGAAAAAUUUCAACAAAAAUACAUCGAAAUUAUCGGUAGAAAAAGUCAAAAGCUGCCUUAGUUCAACAACACCGGCCAAAAGUUCGCAUUAUUUCGCUCCAGUAGAGGCUCCACCGUCCACGUCCAGCGAUAAAAAUGAAUUGAACGUUGUCUCAACACCGCUCAGUAAAAACUUAUCGAACGACUACAACGAUGCUCCUACCCAGAAACGUGGUACUCCUACUAAAGAGGUCGCUUGUCAAACAUCACCAGGGCUACAUUUGGCACUUCUGAAGCAAGAAUUUCCCGACUUGUUCGAGAAACACAUGAGCGACUCGACGAAGAAAAAUUACCCUCCGAGUGUGUACGACACACCAACCGAACCGAUCAACGAAGGUGUCAAAAUAACCGCUAAAACGCCCGACAUACGUUUACUGGAUACCACCGCCAAGUACACGUUGGUCUCGUCCAUUACCUCGAGUGAAAAGAAACGAAUAGAUGAUAACUUCAUGAACGAAAGUGUACUUGGUAAUGCUACAAUCGACGUCAUAAGCGCCAAUAAAACAACCAAUAUUUCAGGCUACACUCCUUUAAGUCCAGAAACGCUGAAUGGAAAGAAAAAAUUGAGUUGUAGAUUGAAUUUCGACGACAACGAUGACAAAAAACCUGAACAAGAAAUACCCGAAGAUGUGCUACCAACGGAAUUAAGCGUGGAAUUGCCCGACGAUUCGGCAAUUAAAACAGCUACUGAUUUUAGCGUAGAUCGAUCUAACGAAAUCGAUUUCAGUGAUCAUGGCAUCGAUAAGAAAGACGAAGAAGAUAUCGUAUCCGCGUCGAUUCUGGAAAAUACCAAUGUGCGUUUAAUUUCGCCAGCUUCGGCGAAGGAGCUGUCUCAGGUCAGCGAUGAUGUGAAUAAAACGUUCUUCGAAUCAGAUCGUCCUGUCGCAACUGUUUCUUCUGCUACGAAGACGUUACGAGAGCCGAAGGAAGAUGCAGAUUCAACUCUGAUGGCCAUUCCCGAUACCGAAGAUGUUGCUGCGUACAAUGAUGAUAAAAAUGAGGUGGUCACUGAUGAUGACGAUGAUAUCGAUUUUGUCGCCGGUACUCCCACUUCGCAACCCAGAAGAUUACUUGCGGAUACCUUGGAAAAAAUCCGAACUCCUCACAACCUGUUAAGAAAACCUCUAGACAUUUCUCUUCAAGAAUUCUCCAUUGUGGGUAAUCGAACACCUGAUCUGAACAUAGUACAACCAUUACCCGAUGUUUCGCAGUAUUCCGUCGUGAAAAAACCAGCCGCCUGUGAGGUGACCCCUAGCGACGAACCUGCAAAAAAAAUAGAAGACUUUGAUAGAGAAAAGGUCAGCAUGGAGCUGUUUAAUUCUUCCGUGUCACUGUUGUCAUCCGCAUGUGAUCAAAUACAGAUCGCCACGAGCGGAUUAAAAGAACCUGAUCUUCGAAUAAUCAGAGAAUUCUGCGAGAAGUUCUCCGCUACCUAUGUCGAUAAGCUGACUGAAAAAAGUACUCAUCUGAUUGUUAAAACCAAUCAUAAAAACAGAGCUGCUAGAACUUUCAAGUAUUUGCAAGCGAUUGUCAGUGAGAUACGAAUUGUGUCCAUGAAAUGGAUUCACGAGUGUCUGACAAAAGAGAAAAUUAUCAACGAGGAAAAAUUCAUACCUUUUGAUUCGUCCGGAGAAUGCGGUCCUCUCAGGACUUAUCACGUGAUAAAGGGUGUUACUCCGUCGCCUUUGAGUUGGUUAAACGAUUACUGCAUUUAUUUCACUGAACCAGUACCUCAAGAGUGCUCAUUGGAACAACUGCAAGGUAUUAUGCGAAAAACCGGAGCAAUUGUUGUGAACAGUCUACGAGAAUUCAAAUUGUAUCCGAAACUUCAUCACAUAAUCAUCGUUUCAGAUGACGAAGACAAUGACGACGAAUAUGAAAUGAAAAUAGCCGGAUGGUUACAAUCGUACGAAGCUGUCUCCGUAGAGUUUAACUGGAUUUUAGAAGUGAUCGGGAGAAAUAGAUUGAUGCCUUUUGCUGAUUUCGAAGUUAUAGAAGUCCCUAGCGAAUAUUUACUCCAACGUAAUUUUCCAUCGGUUAUGUUACAGUCGAACGAAGAGGAUCAAAACUCCUCCGAUUAGUGCUCUAAGAUAGCGUCCCGCAGUGUAUACCAAUUUUUUAGUCAUAUUUUAUAAGAAGUUAUUUUAUUUAUUGUGCAGAACGUUUACGUCUAAUUUAUUUCUAUUUUUACCUCGUCGACUUUGUAUAAUGGUGUUGUUUACUUUGUAAUACGCGGUACUUUUUUUGUUGAAUUUCAAUAUAUUAAAGUUUAUUAUUUUUCAUCAUA